CCUGUUAUCAGAAGAAUGAAGCUAGUCCUCUUAAGCAACAGUGAAUAAAUCACGGCUGUUUGGCUUCCACUUUUCUGGUAAGCAACAUGGAAAAGGUUGUUAUAAAAUUUUGCCUCUUUAUGGCUGGUGCCAUUUUAGUUAAUACAAGGUCAGUAGAUAUUGGGAACACGGAAGUAAAGAAUUCCGUUUCUGAGAAAACGAGCAAAGCAAGCCUAGUUGAAUUUUAUCAAAAAUCGAUGCCUGCCGUUAUGGGAAUGCUGUCCUUCAACGAAACUGUGGAUCUUAUAAUGAAAACCUACUUAACUGAUAAGAAGCAAGAUUCAAUAUGGCCUAAGGUUAUUGAAGAAACGAAAACCUGGUUUGCUGAAGACUUUUCGCAGGGAAAAUUAGAAGUUAUCGAGCUAGAGCUGAAAAAGUAUCGAAUGGUUCUAGUAAGGUGCACGGAAGAGAACACAGGGAAGGAGCUGACACGAUGUUUAGCCUCACUGAAGGAUGCCUUGAUAGCUGGUUCAGCCAACGUGGAAUGGCUAGCAGAACAGGGAGUCCCCAAGAUGCUGAAUAUGUAUACUGCCUUUCAACUAAUGCAUUUGGCUUCUUUGCAACUUUUGAAAAUUCAAAAUGAGAAGGAUGCCAUAAAAGGGCUUAAUAUUGAUCAGUCUAUAAAGAAUGUUGCAAAGGAUUUCAGUGAACAACUCAAAACUGGCAUGGGUUUAGCCUGCGAACAACGAGUUCAACAUAUAUCUACGGUAGAUAUAUGCAAAGUUGUCGAUGUCCUGUGGCAGGAAUUCACCGUCUCCUGCGAAGAGAGAUUGAGAAAGCGAUCAACAGAUGAAGAGGAAGAGGCCAGUGGUGAUGAGGUCGGCGUUACGAAGAAAACUCUCGCUGAAGCAGAUUUCACAAAGGAAAAGGGAGGUGAACUCAAACUGUCUAAGUUGGGAGGCUCUAGGGAUGAUUUCUCGGAGAGUUUACGAGUUCGCGUCAAAGAUGAAGUAACAGGGCAGUUCAUCUACAACAGAAGAAUGUCAGUUUCUGUUGAACACAACAAAGCAUAUGUGAUGGAAACACUUUACAAAGAGGGAGUUGCAGCACGAUCGAAACAUGUAAAGAUAGUUGAAAAUGCGUGCAAGAAAUACUGGAAAGAGCGCGGCGCUCCAGUUGUAAAGGAAGUGGCAAAACUUGCUGACUUCCCUAAAAAGGAAAAGGCAAACAAAAAGAAGAAGCAGUGAAGACUUGAGAGAAAGAACAGCCAGCUUUAAUAUUAAUUCAAUGCGCAUUGAAAUUAUAGCCAUUGUAUAUCGAAGUGAAAUAAUAUUGGUUGAGUUUAGUAAAAGUUUGUGUGUUUAGAAUAAAAAGUGUGAUGUGCUUUUAACAUCAUCUGUUUGGUUUAUGACGUUGCUGUCAAUUAUCAGCAAAUUCGAUCAAUGGCGAAAUGAAACUCAUAAAGAAGAAAAAAUCAGAUGCUUUUGGGACACUACCAAGCAACAAACUAGGUAAGCCUUGAAGAUCAAUGCAAUCUGAUAUUUUCUCUGCAGGCCAUGCAAGAUGAAGGCUAUUUCAUUCGCAACUGUGUCAUGAAAAUAAAUGUCCGCUUAUACUCCUCCUUGCAUGCGAUUCACAAACAAAAGAUUACAUACAUUUAAAAUAUCACAAUUAACAAAAAUUCUUCGCCGGACCUAUGAUACCUCAUCGCUAUGCCACUGCGCAUGUGGUCACUGCUCAGCUACAGUCGAGGCAGAUAUAUUUGUUAGGCAGCAAGGACCAUAAACUUCAACUGCUAGCGAGGACCAUUGCCAUAGAGUUGUUAUUGAUGCUCGACUAUACACUUUUACAUGUAACCUGGACACUACUUCAAAGAUACCCUUAAGAUAAUCGAAACUUCAAAAACACUUAAUGUUUUCCACGUGUAUCCAGCAAAAUACUUCCAAAUAUUCCGAAGAAAGUGAAAUACUCCAAGAAUACAUGAUGCACUAUAUAGCAAAAAGCAUUAAUUAUACUGGACAGCCGUGCACUUCUAAAUGAGUGUAACAAGCCCAAUUCUCAGUUUGAGUUUCCUUAUAAAGGUUUUCCUUACUGACCACUGUGUUACUUGAUAAAAUUCCGUGACAACAUCUGGGGACCUGUUACAAACCAACAUAGCAUAUAUACAGGGAUCCGCCCUGCCCAGUGCGGUACAUCUCACAUUCUGUUUUAUAACCAUGUGUACCCGAUUGCCUUUGACAAGAUAAUUUUUAUGACAUACAUGAGAGUCCCAAUUUUGGAAAAUUCGAAUGCAUCUUUACUGGUAAUUGUCUUCACAAACUAUUUAAAAAACCCUUUAAGCAUGUUCCAUGCGGCAUUAAUUUUUGUCGUAGAAAUUGAAAUAUAGAUACAAAACAUCGUUUUAAGCAAUAUUGUUCAAAACAAAUGUGUACAAACAUUUACAAUUAACAUUUAUAAAGACAAACAAGUAGUCUUCACAAACACAGAUUACUUUUUCUUUUCAAGCAAUGAGACAAGUGUGAAAUAAAUAAAACAUUAUGAAACGUCCAAAUGCAUCACUUUGACCACUUUGUUUUCUGACGUUGUUCAUCUUGUCACAUUGUCGAAAAAAAAAGUACAGCUUUAAGCAAUACCAAAUUUACACAGUUAUACAUACAAAAAUUUGAUUCUGAAUAUUAAAUAUCAUGAAACAACAUCAUAAGCGGCUUUUCGCAUUGAUAUCACCUUGUCUACAAUAUCAAAGAGGCAGUUGCCUUUGAUAAAGUCAUUAUCAACCAGAUUAACAAGGUAAUAACUGUCCUGGAAUCCUUUGAUAAUCUCUCGUGAUUUGGAUCCUGGUGGAUAGAGUCUUCCCCAUUGUUGCAUCCACAGCUCAAAUGCCUCAUCCUAGUGCAAAGACAAAUCAUG